GUAGUACCAUUCCUGAUCGUACGAGCAAUGCAUGCGUUUUUGAGAUGAAUCGGAAUGUGAUCAUACCAUACGCCUGGAGGUGGUGUGAUAAACUACUCCACCCCCACGGCGGAGGGUAUAAACAGCCCCGGGGCCACGUUCCACCAAACUCGCCUGGUCAGGAUGACGGAGCUAUACAGUACUACCGUACGUUUUGUGUUCAUGGCGGGACUAACACUACUUUCCUUGUGCCAGACAGCGCAUAUCAAGAAAGUUGUCAGGCGCUCUGUCACAUGUGAUCGGUCCGAAUUCGCCUGUACUUCUGAUUGUAUUCCAAACAUCUGGGCGUGUGACGGAGACAGCGACUGUUCUGGUGGUGAGGACGAGCUUCCAUCCCUCUGUGAAGACCGUGUGUGUCCCCAUACGUAUUUCAAGUGUGACGGCAACAAGUGUUUUCCGUGUGAGGAUAUCAACGACGGCUUUCCCGACUGCAACGACAGCUCCGACGAGGGCUAUAACGGCACGUGCCCUACGCCGCCUCCUACCACGUGACAUCUGUCUCCACCUGGCAGCAAUAUAUUUUACCGGUGUAAUCUGUUGAUAUUGUCUUUAUUGAAUUUCGUGGGUACAUUUUUGAGUUUGUGAUAUAUUUACUUGUGAAACAAGCAUCAAGUGGUCUUUACCUUACAUAUGUAUUACCGGUGUUUUUUAUGAAACAAACAAUCGACUGUAACAUAUCAAGUUUGUAUGAUGUAAAGCAUUAGUUAAUAAUCAUUUGUACAUAAUACAACACGUCACACACAA